CCCCCACCUACCUCCUCCGCCACCUAUAUAUACACAAUACAUACAAAAACACUAUUGUGAAGGAAAUAUAAAUCUGUAUUUUUCUUCUUCUUUUUGUAUUUAUAGAAACUGUUUUUUUGUUAAUAAUAUUAUUUGCUCUGACAAUAUACAUACAGGUGUAUUUGUAUGUAUAUGACUAUAUAUUUUUGCAGAGCCAGGGUCUAGGGUUUGAGUUUUUUCAGAUUUGAUUAGCUGAGAGGUGAAUAAAUGAGCUGAUUCUCAAGCUGCUGUUAACUGCAGCUUUCACUUUCUCAGUCAUUAAAACCGCCAAUUAUAUAAAUUCAGUUCAUGAAUUAAAUAAUUAGAAAUCUGAAAUAGUGAAUAUUCGUAUUCAUUAAUUCAGCUGUACCUGUUACGUGUAUUUAUAGCAAAAAAUACAUACAUGUCGAUUCUAAGGCGUAGGAAGGGCACAGAGCCCAAAAUAACCUCGGAUUCAGAGCCUGAGUUCGAAGAAUUUAAGGAUAAGAAUAAGGAGAAUAAUUUAGGUUCGAGGAGGUUAAGGAGAAAGAGGAGAUGGGGAUGUGUGGACGGAUGUUGUUGGUUUAUAGGUUGUAUAUGUUCGAUAUGGUGGUUAUUACUGUUCCUUUACAACGCAAUGCCGGCGUCGUUCCCGCAGUAUGUAACGGAGGCGAUAACGGGGCCGUUACCGGACCCGCCGGGAGUUAAAUUGGCUAAAGAAGGGUUAAGAGCUAAACAUCCGGUUGUAUUCGUGCCGGGAAUUGUGACUGGUGGACUUGAGUUGUGGGAAGGACAUCAAUGUGCUGAAGGCUUGUUUAGGAAGAGGCUUUGGGGUGGUACUUUUGGUGAAUUGUACAAAAGACCUCUUUGCUGGGUGGAGCAUAUGUCACUUGAUAAUGAAACUGGAUUGGAUCCUUCUGGUAUAAGGAUUAGACCUGUCUCUGGACUUGUUGCAGCCGAUUACUUUGCUCCAGGUUAUUUUGUUUGGGCCGUUUUAAUUGCCAAUUUGGCUCGCAUCGGAUAUGAGGAGAAGAACAUGUAUAUGGCUGCCUAUGAUUGGAGAAUCUCAUUCCAGAACACUGAGGUGCGAGAUCAAACUCUAAGCAGGAUCAAAAGUAACAUAGAACUCAUGGUGGCUUCGAGUGGUGGAAAUAAGGUGGUUGUAAUUCCGCACUCAAUGGGUGUUUUAUACUUCUUGCAUUUCAUGAAAUGGGUGGAGGCACCGUCUCCAAUGGGUGGAGGAGGUGGAUCUGAUUGGUGUGCCAAACAUAUAAAAGCCGUAAUGAAUAUUGGGGGACCCUUUUUGGGUGUCCCAAAAGCAGUCUCAGGAUUAUUCUCAGCUGAAGCCAAGGAUAUUGCUGCUGCCAGGUCUAUGGCCCCAAGUUUUUUGGAAAGCGAAAUGUUCAACUUUCAAACUUUACAGCAUGUAAUGAGAAUGACUCGAACAUGGGAUUCAACAAUGUCAAUGAUACCAAAAGGAGGGGACACUAUCUGGGGCGGGCUGGAUUGGUCCCCAGAAGAAGGCUAUGAGUGCAACGAAAAGAAGCCAAAGAACAACAGCACCCAGACAGCAGAGAAUGACAGGAGAAGAAUGGCAGUUAAUGCUACUCAUGUGAAGUAUGGACGAAUAAUAUCAUUUGGGAAGCAUGUAGCUGAUUUACACUCAUCAGGGAUUGAGAGGAUUGACUUCAGAGAUGCUAUCAAAGGUAAAAGUCAUGCCAAUUCAACUUGCCGUGAUGUGUGGACUGAGUACCACGAUAUGGGUAUUGGAGGUGUCAAAGCUGUGGCAGAUUACAAAGCUUAUACAGCUGGAUCUGUUUUGGAUCUUCUUCAUUUUGUUGCACCAAAGUUGAUGAAGCGUGGUAGUGCUCAUUUUUCAUAUGGUAUUGCUGAUGAUCUGGAUGACAAAAAAUAUGAACACUACAAAUAUUGGUCAAAUCCCCUGGAAACAAAAUUGCCGAAUGCACCAGGGAUGGAAAUCUUCUCAAUGUAUGGAGUUGGAAUUCCAACUGAAAGAGCAUAUGUAUACAAACUUAGUCCUGCUGGGGAUUGCUAUAUUCCUUUCCAGAUAGAUUCUUCGGCAGAGGGUGGAAAUGAAAGUCCUUGCUUGAAAGGCGGUGUCUUUCAUACUGAUGGGGAUGAAACUGUACCUAUUUUAAGUGCAGGUUACAUGUGUGCGAAAGGAUGGAGAGGAAAGACUCGAUUCAAUCCAUCAGGCAUCCAUACAUUUAUAAGAGAGUACAAUCAUGCCCCUCCAGCUAAUCUUUUAGAAGGCAGGGGAACGCAAAGUGGUGCUCACGUUGAUAUAAUGGGAAAUUUUGCACUAAUUGAAGAUAUCAUCAGGAUAGCUGCUGGGGCUACUGGAGAAGACUUGGGAGGAGAUCAAGUGUACUCCGAUAUCUUCAAGUGGUCUGAAAGGAUUAAACUGAAGCUUUAACAUUUCAUAUGAAUUUCAUGCGUGCGUAAUCAAUUGCUUUCGCGAGCUGCUGGUGCUCUGCAAUACAACUGGCUUCUCGUCUCCCUGCUGAAAAAUCUGUUGUAUUUGAAGAAGAGCCGGGAAACCUGAAGCUGCUUUACGUCAAUGUCCUCGAACUGUAGAUAUUGCACGGAGCAUGCAUGUUUGCAGCCGUGUUCACUAUGUUUAAAUUUGACUAUCAUUAGGUUGCAGAACUUCAUGUUCCUAGAAAUUUUGGACAUUCAUUGAUUUUUUCUGUAAUUAUUCGUAAUUAUGUCCAUAGCUUAGUGCACACAUUCGAAAGCAGCCAAGAACUGGUUGAUUUGCUUUUAGAUAGGGAAGUAUUUAUCCGUCCUAUUAUAUGUUUUAUGUAUCAAGAAUGUAAUCGGUCAAUUUAUCUUCUUUUUUUUCUAUUCAAGUUGGGUAGAUAAAACUA